GUUAGCGAGUUCCCCGGGGUAUGUUUCACCGCACCCAGUCAGGCUGUAGCCAGCCAAUAUGGUAUCAUCAUGGCAGAUAUCACCUAUGGCUUUCCACCCAUCCUUUAACUGCAUGGAGUUUCCUCCCUAACCUUUCUUGCCUGGCAGCGUGUAGAUGGGAUGUGGAGGCAGAAUCCAGUUUCUCCAUCUCCCCAACAGUCACUGUGUUGUGUUUUCCCCUCUGUGCUGUUCCCCAUUCUCUCCUUUCUCCCUGCACAGGGAAUGACUCCUGUCCGGAUUCUCUCUCUCCCCUAGCAGUUGAUGAGAUGAUGAUGAGUGAGAACAAGGAGAAGAAUCCACUAGAGGAAGAUCCCAAGCAAGUGGAACUACAGGGGAACUUUUUGAGAGGAGCUGAAGGGAAUUUUUCCCAAUCCUUGGAACCUGGAAAAGCUUGGAGGAGUCAGCAGAGAUCAGAGAGGCAGCUGAGAAACCACCCAAUAAAGAAAAAGGAUGAAUCCGUUGAAGGUGGGGCAGGAUGCAAGGACCUCAGGGAAAUCACAGCCAUGCAGACAAAUCAAAAGGAAGAGAAACCCUAUAAGUGUCUCAACUGUGGGAAAAGCUUCAAUCAGAAAUCAAACCUUAUCACUCAUCAGAGAAUCCACACAGGAGAGAGACCUUAUAAAUGCCUCGACUGUGGGAAAAGCUUCAGUCAGAGCUCACACCUUAUUGCGCAUCAGAGAGUACACACAGGAGAGAGACCCUAUAAGUGUCUGAACUGUGGGAACAGUUUCGCUCAGAGAUCCAUCCUUAUCAGACAUCUGAGAAUCCACACUGGAGAUAAACCUCACAAAUGCCUCGACUGUGGGAAAAGUUUCGCUCACAGAUCAACCCUUAGUUCACAUGAGAAAAUCCACACAGGAGAGAAACCCCACAAAUGCUUGGACUGUGGGAAAAGCUUCAUUCAGCGAUCAGCCCUUACUACACACCAGAAAAUCCACACAGGAGAGAAAGUCUACAAAUGUUUGGACUGUGGGGAAAGUUUCACUCAGCGAUCAAACCUGAUUUCACAUGAGAUGAUCCACAAAGGAGAGAAACCCCAUAAAUGCUUGGAGUGUGGGAAAAGCUUCCGUGACAGCUCAGACCUUCUUAAACAUCAGAGAAUCCACACAGGACAGAGAAUCUACAAAUGCCCUGACUGUGGGAAAAGUUUCACUCAGAGAUCAACCCUUACGAGACAUCAGAAAAUCCACACAGGAGAUAAACCCCACAAAUGCCUCCACUGUGGGAAAAGCUUCAUUCGGAGAUCAGCCCUUACUACACACCAGAAAAUCCACACGGGAGAGAAACUCUAUAAAUGCUUGGACUGUGGGAAGAGUUUCACUCAAUCAACUCUUACCAGACAUCAGAAAAUCCAUACCGGAGAUAAACCCCACAAGUGCUUCGACUGUGGGAAAAGUUUCACUCAGAGAUCAACCCAUAUUAGACAUCAGAAAAUCCAUACUGGAGAUAAACCUCACAAAUGCCUCAACUACAGGGAAAACUGUGGGAAAAGCUUCAAUCAGAAAUCGAACCUUAUCACUCAUCAGAGAAUCCACACAGGCGAAAAACCCCAUAAGUGCUUAGAUUGUGGGAAAAGCUUCAGCCAGAAAUCAUCCCUCAUUAUACAUGGGAGAAAGCACACAGGAGAGAGGCCUUAUAAAUGUUUUGAGUGUGGGAAAUGUUUCAAUCAGAUCUCAAACCUGACUACGCAUCAGAGAAUUCAUACUGGAGAGAAACCUCAUAAAUGCUUGAAAUGUGGCAAAAGGUUUAGUCAGAGAUCAGCCCUGAUUACACAUCAGAGAAUCCACACGGGAGAGAAACCCCAUAAGUGCUUGGACUGCGGGAAAAGUUUUAGUCAGAGAUCAGCCCUGAUUACACAUCAGAGAAUCCAUAUGGCAGAUAAAAUGUACAAAUGUCUCAAAUGCGGGAAAAGUUUCAGUGUGAAAUCGGCCCUUGUUAUGCAUCACACAAUCCAUGCAGGAAAGAAACUUCAUAAAUGUUUGGACUGUGGGAAGAGUUUCAGUGACAGCUCAAACCUCACUAAACAUCGAAGAAUCCACACGGGGGAGAGAAUAUAUCAGUGCCUCGACUGUGGGAAAAGCUUCAAUCGGAAAUCGAACCUUCUUACCCAUCGGAGAACCCACACAGGAGAGAAACCCCAUAAAUGCUGGGACUGUGGGAAAAGCUUCAGUCAGAGAUCAUCGCUUAUGAAGCAUGUGAAAAUCCACACAGGAGAGCGGCCGUAUAAAUGUCUGGAGUGUGGGAAAUGUUUCAAUCAGAACAUAAACCUUAUUACGCAUCAGAGAACCCACACGGGAGAGAGACCCUACAAGUGCCUGUACUGUGAGAAAAGUUUUACUGUGAGGUCAGCCCUGAUUACACAUCAGAGAAUCCAUACAGGGGAGAAACCCCAUAAGUGCUUGGACUGUGGAAAAAGUUUUAGUCAGAGACCAGCCCUUAUUACACAUCAGAGAAUGCACACGGGAGAGAAACCCUUUAAAUGUCUCAACUGCGGGAAAAGUUUCACUGUGAGAUCAACCCUUAUUACGCAUCAGGCAAUCCACACGGGAAAGAAAUCCCAUAAAUGUUUGGACUGUGGGAAGAGCUUCAGUCAGAGCUCAUCCCUUAUUAAACAUGGGAGAAUGCACACGGGAGAGAAACCCUACGUAUGUCUGGAGUGUGGGAAAAGCUUUAGUCAGAGAUCAUCUCUUAUUAUACAUGGAAGAAUGCACACGGGAGAGAAACCCUAUAAAUGUCUUGAGUGUGGGAAAUGUUUCAUUCAGAGGUCAAAUCUUGUUACACAUCAGAGAUCCCACUCGGGAGAGAGACCCCAUGAGUGCCUUGACUGUGGGAAAAGUUUCAAAGUGAGAUCAGCCCUUGUUACACAUCAGAGAAUCCAUACGGGAGAAAAACCCCAUAAAUGCUUGGACUGCGGGAAAUCUUUUAGCCGCAGAUCAGCCCUUAUUACACAUGAGAUAAUCCACACUGGAGAGAAGCCCCAUAAAUGCUUGGACUGUGAGAAAAGCUUCAAUAACAGCUCGAAUCUUACUAAACACCGGAGAAUUCACACAAGAGGGAGCGACUCUAGAAAUACCUCAACUGCGGGAAAAGGUCCAGUCCGAGCUCACACAUUAUUACCCAGCAGCGAUCCACAGAAGAGAGAGAACUUGAAUGUGGGGGAAUCUUCAGUUGGUGCUCCCACGGAAUCAAGCACUCAACUUCAGGCAGCACUAACACCACGUUGGACAUGAGGAACUCCUCUGCACAGCAGGGAAAUUCUCUCAGGGCCCUGACUAUGGCUGGCCAUGGCAACAAACCCAUUUCCUCGUUCCCACACACAUCAGGGGCAUUUGGCUCCCAAGGAUCCAGCUGCCCAUUGCUGGGGUGAGGAUCCAGCAGCAGCCGAGCAGCAGCUGGUCUGUGACCCUCUGGCUCUGCCUGGUCUAAGCAAACCCCAGGCAGAGGAGGAGAAGCCUUGAUCAGCCUCUCCCCCCUGCUGCAGCCCUGGCUGCUGAGCUGAUGGGCCACAGGUGGGGGAAGGGAGAGAGAGAAACUCCUCCAGCCGCUCCCUCUGCCUGGCUGAAGUUCCCCCCUCUCCCUUCCCCUGCCAGCCGGGAUCCCCCUGCCAUGGAGAUGAGGAGAAGGACACUUGGGCCAGGCCCCACCUUCACUCUAGACCCCUGUCCCCAUCCCCCAUCUUCCACCAGCCCCUGGGCUGGGCUCCCCACUGACCUGGGGCUGUUCCCUGCAGGGGGAGUGUCCCUGGGGGCUGGUAACUCCUCCCCUCCCCAAAUCCCCCAGGGCGCUGGGUUCUGGGGGAUCCACCAUUAAGGGACCAGGGCGAUGGGUUCUGGGGAGGACACUGGGGGUUGAAUGGUUGGGGCUGGGGGAGCUGGGAAGCAGGGGGAGCUGGGUGCUGGGGUAUCGAGUGUUUGGGGAUGAUGGGAUAAGAGGCGAGGGAGAGCACAGGGGUAGAGAGAUGCUGCCUCAUCACUCACCCCCUCUGCCCCUUCUCCCUGCCCCCGCUGCAUUCAGACAGCACCACUGAGAAGGGCUGAUUCCCACAGACUGCAGCGGGUUCUUAACCUGUUUACCAUUGUGGGCUGCAUCCAAUACUACCUGUGUGGCCCUGAGGAUGUCACAUGGGCUGCAGCUGUGCGCUGAUUGGGCCAAUACAGCCCACGGGCCGCAGGUUGAGAACCGCUGCCACAGGGCCUUUCAUGGGAGGCCUGGAGAUCCCACCUCUGCCUCAGCAGCAUCAGCCCCAGGCUCUGUCUGUGGUAGGAAACAUGGUCAGGAUCAGCCAGCUCGUCUCCUCUGACCCUCCCCCCCUCAUCCUACCCUAGGCUGAGCCUGAGCAUCUAAUUCAUUCGGACCCCACCAUUAGCAGAGUGACUGUUCGAGUCACUGAGUUCCCCCUCUGGGGACCCUGGACAGUUUGCGUAGUGGGGGGGUGCUGAGAGCUACUGAACCAAACUGUAAACCCUGGAUAUGCUGGAAACCACUUCACGCCAGGGGGUGCAGCAGCUCCCCUCAUUCUGGUACCGGUGUCGGGGUAGAUUCUCUCGUUCCCAGAUGGUCUCACAUGACUCCAGGCCAUGCUGAAAAGCAUUUAGUGUUUGUACAUUUUCUCCCUUACGGGGCAGAAUUAACCAGAAUCCCACAAAAGCGGGAGCAGGGACAGUGAAAUGUGGUGUUUUAGCUUCUGUUUGAUUUGCGAGCGAUGGGGUGAGUCUGAGGGAUUCCCUCCUUCCCCCAUCACCGUCACACUCCACUGGGACACAGCAGCCUCUGUCCAAACCUUGGAGAGUUUAUCCCAGGAGUGGGCAAACUAUGGCCCGGGGGCUGGAUCCGGCCCACCAGCCAUUUUAAUCCGGCCCUCGAGCUCCCACUGGGGAGCGAGGUCUGGAGCUUGCCCCCCUCCGGCACUCCAGGUGGGGAGCAGUGUUGGGGGCCUCUCCACGUGGCUCCCAGAAGCAGCAGCAUGGCUCCCCUACGGCUCCUACACAUAGGGCCAGCCA